AUGCCAAAAGAAGAUACCAAUUCCAAAAAGAAAUUUAACUCAAAAAAACAAGGCAAUAAGAAGCCAAACAAUAAACCAUCAGAGGAAGGCUCUGCUAAGCUCAAGAAGGCCAAGCGUGAUUUGAGCAGACUUCUCAAAAAACCAGAUUUACCAGCGGAUAUACGUACCGCCAAAGAACAAUCACUUCAAGCGAUCGAACUCCAACUUCAAGCAUUGGAACAUGUGAGAAAGACCAAAGAGUUGGCAAGAAGGUAUCAUAUGGUGCGUUUUUUCGAAAAAAAGAAGGCUAUUAGAAGAUAUAAACAAGUAAAGAAAGAAAUGGAAGACCUUGAGAAAAAGACUGACAAAGAAGGUGAGGAUUCCAACGCAAUGAAAAAAGAAUUGAAGAAACAGAGAAAGAAGCUCGCCCAAUACGAACUCGAUGUAUUAUAUGUGGUAAAUUUCCCAAAAGAUCAAAAAUAUUUGGCAUUGUUUCCUAACGAAGGGGCCAAGAAAGCUAUCACUGAUGAACCCAAGCAGGAACAAGCGAAAACUGAUAAGGAAAGAUUAGAUAUGCGUAAAAAGAUUCAAAAUAUGGCCAACGAGGGCAAGUUACCAGUAUCCUUGGAGGACAUUCUUAGUGGUAAUGUGGAUCAUGAAAAAUUGAUUCAACAUCAACAACAAGGAUUCAAAUUGGCAGAACCAGACAAGAUCCAAAAACGCAAGACUAAAGCGCAAAGUGCCGCUGAUGACAAUAACGAUGAGGAAGAUGACUUCUUUGAAUGA